CACCGACUCAAUUUCUUCAUUUUUUUCUUCAUUGGAAAAAUCAUCAAUGGCGGUUCCUAAACUCGACAAGAAGAUAGUGAAGAAGCGGGUGAAGCAAUUUAAGAGGCCGCAAAGUGAUCGUAAGAUUUUCGUUAAGACUAACUGGCGUAGGCCAAAGGGUAUUGAUUCACGAGUGAGAAGAAAGUUUAAGGGAGUCAUUCUUAUGCCAAACAUAGGUUACGGUUCAGACAAGAAGACUUGUCACUUUCUUCCCAAUGGCUUCAAGAAGUUUGUUGUCCACAACGUCAGUGACUUGGAGCUUCUUAUGAUGCACAACAGGACAUACUGUGCUGAGGUUGCCCACAACAUUUCAACCAAGAAGCGAAAAAUUAUUGUGGAGCGUGCUGCUGAACUGGACAUUGUAGUUAGUAACAAAUUUGCGAGGUUGAGAAGCCAGGAGGAUGAGUAAAUCUGUUGGUGGUUUAGUUCUUGGAUCAGUGUAAAUUUUAUUUCAAGAUCUAAACUGUAACUGAGAUUUGAAGCUUUGUUUUCUACCAGAUGAUCUAAUCAAUCCCUUUGUUUGAUUAGGUUAUAAUUUUCUUUCAAUGAAGUGCAUUGUGUUUUGAACU